GGCGAGGCUGGUAUCUGUUUAUGUUGCGCCCGUGCGUGUGUAUGCGCCUAUCAGACUGGUAUGGCAUAUGGCCACACAGAUAGACGGGUUGGUAUGGCUGGUACUUUCCCAGCUAGACUGAAGCCAAACUCCCAUGUAAUUUCCUCCUCUAAAAAAAGGGAGGGGAGGGAGAGAAAGAGGGAGAGGUCCUCUGGUCCAGGAGUCUUAUUCUGUUUUUUUUUUUUUUUGUCCUACGUUUUGUCCUUGCAACAUAAUCAGCUCUUCAACAUUACCAAUAGUUAGUCAGGCAUUAGUGGGGUUCCCCAGUUCUGCCCCUGAACAGGCAGUUAACCUGAAAGGUUGCAAGUUCAAAUCCCCGAGCAGACAAAUCUGUCGUUCUGCCCCUGAACAGGCAGUUAUAACCUGAAAGGUUGCAAGUUCAAAUCCCCGAGCAGACAAAUCUGUCGUUCUGCCCCUGAACAGGCAGUUAUAACCUGAAAGGUUGCAAGUUCAAAUCCCCGAGCAGACAAAUCUGUCGUUCUGCCCCUGAACAACUGUUCCUAUGCCUGUUAUUGAAAAUAAAAACGUAUUCUUAACUGACUUGCCUAGUUAAAUAAAGGUCAAAUAAAUACAAAUUUACACCCCUUGGUCUGAGUGAUGAAAGCACUUGUCUUUAAGUUUGUAGAUCAAUGGAAACGAAUCGGAGAGAGAGUAGAGAAUAGACGCACAAUGAGAUUCCUAUCGAAAGUAAAAGUAAAUGGGUGCGACGCGAACAGACAGACGCACGACAAAACGGCAACAAAGUGCACGGAGUGUUCUAGGACAGCUAUAGCUUAAUGCAUGGAUCAUAUAGUGGAAGCUGUUGCGUUUUAACCGAGGGGAUGGAGACUCUCGAUGCCCGCCAGACAGGUGCCAGGAUGCAGGAUAUGGACAUCAUGGAUCUGCACCCCUCCCUUACACCUGAGGUUGAAGACUUUCUGCCAGAAUUAGACCUGGAUGGCUUUCUGGAACACGAGGAUUUUCCUUUUGACUUCAAUGAUGCUCUGUUUGACCUGGACUUUAAUGUGGACAUACAGACUGGUGAGGUUGCCAUACCGACAGCUGUGGCCGAGCCAGGCGACCAGAAACAGAACAGCGAGACACAGAGAGAGCCUGUGGAUGGACAGAGGAAGAGGAGAGCGACAGAGCCUGUGGAUGGACAGAGGAAGAGGAGAGCGAAGAGGAGAGCGACAGAGCCUGUGGAUGGACAGAGGAAGAGGAGAGCGACAGAGCCUGUGGAUGGACAGAGGAAGAGGAGAGCGACAGAGCCUGUGGAUGGACAGAGGAAGAGGAGAGAGACAGAGCUUGGUAACGGACAGAGGAAGAGAGAGACUCAGACAGACUCUCCCAUCAGAGGUUGUGCUGGCUCUCCUCCCCUCUCGGCCAUGACUCUCUCUUCUCCUCCUCCCAGACUUGUCCAGAUCGCUCCUUCUCUCCUUUACAUUCCUGGGUUUGGGACUGCUACUUUCAUCUCUUCGUGUAGCAAUGGCUCAGAGCUGCAGCUCAUUCAAGCCCCUGUUUUCGGCUUCUCAAGACCUCCCACCUACAUACUGAUGUCUUCUCCCUCGCUGUCUCCUAGAACCCACGACGUCCUACCUCUCUCUCCAGGUGAGACCAACAUCAACACCUCAAUUUGACCCAACUUUAUACUGUGUUGUGACUGAUAUACUCCCAUAUGGCACCCUAUUCCCUAUCUAGUGCACUACUUUAGACCAGAGCCCUAUAGAACCCUAUUCCCUAUCUAGU